CCGGGUCUUCAUCAGUAACACAGGUACUUCCGGGGUCGACGGCACAUUUGGCUGAUAGGAAAAAUCGAUGUUACAGGAACUCAUGCAACCACUAUCAACAACAGUAGUCAGUACACUCCAGCUUUUUACAUCAGAGAUUGAAAGCAAUGAUAUAUUCAUUCAAGACCUAAGUACUAUCUGCAGACUGAGCAAACACACCCACUGAUCCACGGCAAGACAUGACAGAGCCACGGAAUCCCGGGAUAUCCUCCCUCCCUCUGACUGUCCCAGUGCAGACCGACUCCAGCUCCUCAGCUGUAGAGAUGGACCCGGUGGAGUACACCCUUAGGAAGCGCCUUCCCCGGAAACUCCCAAAAAGACGCAAUGACGUCUAUGUCAAUAUGAAGACGGAUUUUCGUGCUCAGUUGGCACGAUGUCAGAAGCUUCUAGACGGUGGGGGUCACAGGGAGAUAUGUGUUCAUGGUCUGGGCCUGGCCAUCAACAGGGCAAUCAACAUUGCCCUUCAGCUGCAGGCCAGCAGCCAGGGGGCGCUGCAGCUGGCAGCAAACACCUCCACGGUGGAGCUCGUGGACGACCUGGAGCCUGAAGAUCCCGAUGAGGCUGGUGAGCCCAUGACGCGCACACGCAACAACUCAGCCAUUCAUAUUAAGGUGUUCUACCCUGACCCGCAGUAACCUCAUUAUCGAAUGUCUGCACUGGUCCAAGAUAAAGCAGAGCAGCUGACAGUGUGGAGAACUAUGAAGGAGCAGAGACCUGUGAAGAGAACGUUAUACAGUGUAUUUAUCAGUUAACAUUUCUAUUUAAAUACAUUUUGCUGUUAUGUGUUGAAGCAGCCGUAACAAUGAACAUCAAUGAUUUAGUACUUUUAAACAAUUCUGUGCCAAAUGUGAAUAUCUUUACUUUCAGUAGUAGGAGUCUGUGCAAGUGUUUACAAUGUCGUACGUCUGUGUGCAUUGAAAAGUACAAACAAUUAGAACUAUGAAAUUGUACGCUUAGAUUUUAAGCUAUUGCAGUAAAUAUCCACUAGAUGUCAGGAUUUAGCCACACAUAAUAGUGUCACAAUAUUACCAGCAAUCUAGUUUCUGUGGCACCAUGUUACAAGAAUAUUCUCGCAUAUUGUUUAUAUUAUGGGUUCAGAUGAGGGUUCGAGACACAGACUCUAUUUACCUUUUGUUUAGUACUGUUUAAUAUUAUUCAUGGUGUUUACUUCAAAAUGGACUUUGUGAACCUUCCGUUGUAGACCAUGUUUUGAUUUCAACAUGAGAAUGCAUUUUUCUUUGAAUUCUGCAUUUGAAUAAAGUCAUGGAAGUCACGAUUA